AUGACGGCUCUGCCCCAUGAGGCCGACCGCCUCUGCUGCGAUGUUGAUUCACGUGACUCUGCAUUACCAUUGACCUCACCUAGUGUUGAAGGUGAUGCUAUCAAAGUUUACGUAAGAGUCCGCCCCCCUUCAGAGGGAACCGCGCUGACCGAUGGAGAUCAAGGCUUGUGUUUGUCUGUGCUGUCAUCAACUACCAUCCGCCUGCACUCCAAGCCUGAGCCAAAGAUCUUCACCUUUGAUUAUGUUGCAAAUAUGGAAACAGCACAGGAGUCAGUAUUCUCAAGUGUGGCCAAAAAUAUUGUUGAAUCUUGUAUGAAUGGCUACAAUGGAACCAUCUUUGCAUAUGGCCAGACUGGAUCAGGAAAAACCUUUACUAUGAUGGGGCCAUCUGAUUCUGAUAAUUUCACUCACAGCCUGAGAGGUGUAAUCCCACGGAGUUUUGAGUACUUAUUUUUCCUAAUUGAACGGGAAAAAGAAAAGGCUGGCAGUGGAAAGAGUUUUCUCUGCAAGUGUUCCUUUAUUGAAAUCUACAAUGAACAGAUAUUUGACUUGCUGGAUUCUGCUUCAGCUGGGCUCUUGCUCAGAGAACACAUCAAGAAAGGUGUCUUUGUUGAUGGUGCUGUUGAACAGGUGUUGUCAUCUGCUGCUGAAGCAUACCAGGUAUUAACUACAGGUUGGCGAAACCGUCGUGUGGCAUCCACCUCAAUGAACAGGGAGUCCUCAAGGUCUCAUGCAGUCUUCACCAUCACAGUGGAGUCCCUGGAGAAAAACAAUGAGAUCGUUAACAUUCGAUCUUCCCUGCUCAACCUGGUAGACUUGGCAGGAUCUGAGAGACAGAAAGACACCCACACAGAAGGGCUGAGGUUGAAGGAGGCAGGUAAUAUAAAUCGAUCGCUCAGCUGCCUGGGCCUGGUCAUCACAGCACUCGUUGAUGUGGGUAAUGGCAAACAGAGACACAUUUGCUACCGAGACUCCAAGCUCACCUUUCUGCUACGGGAUUCCCUUGGUGGCAAUGCAAAAACAUCAAUAAUUGCCAAUGUCCACCCAGGAUCCAGAUGCUUUGGUGAGACACUGUCCACUCUUAAUUUUGCUCAGCGAGCAAAGCUAAUUAAAAACAAGGCUGUGGUCAAUGAAGACACACAGGGAAAUGUGAGCCAGCUGCAAGCUGAGGUCAAGAAGUUGAAAGAGCAGCUUGCUCAACUUACUUCAGUGCCAUCUACGCCUUAUAUUUCUGUAUCACAAGAUGCUGUUGAAAAAGGAAACAACAACGUAAAUUACCUGAACAACUUUCUUGACGCAAUGUUGUUCUGGGAGAAAUCAGAAGGCGAAAAGAAAAAUUUAUUACAGAAAAUUGCCCAACUGGAAGAUCUAUGUGCCAAGAAGGAGAAGUUUAUUCAGUCCAAUAAAAUGAUAGUUAAGUUCCGUGAAGACCACAUUGCUCGCUUGGAGAGAUUGCACAGAGAGGCUGGUGGGAGCUUAUUGCCCAACGAGCAAGAAGGUCUCCUCAGUGAAUUGAGGGAGGAAUUGCAGAUGCUCAGGGAACAGCUGGAACACCACCCACGAGUUGCCAAGUAUGCCAUGGAGAACCACAACCUCAGAGAGGAGAACAAAAAGCUGCGCGCUCUAAAGUCAGUCAGAAAGGCUCAAGAAAUCGAUGCUCAGACCAUUGCAGAACUAGAAAAAGCUUUUUUGGAAGCUUCAGCCACAGAGAAAAAUACUGAAGGUCAUCAUUCAUAUUCCACCACCACAUCAGUGGAAGGCAACUCACUGGCAUCUGUUGAAAAGCUGAAAGCACGUCUGCUGCAGACUCAGAGUGAACUGGCAAGUUCAAAACAAGAAUAUGAAGAGUUUAAAGAGCUGACCAAGAAAAAGCAGAUGGAACUGGAAUCAGAGCUUCAAUCCCUUCAGAAAGCAAACCACCAUCUGGAAAAUAUUCUGGAGGCAACCAAAGCACACAAGCGCCAAGAAGUCUCUCAGUUACAUAAGAUGCAUAGAGAAACUCUGAAGAACAUAACCACUCCAACUAAAGCUUACCAGCUCAGGUCUCGCCUAGUGCCGCGAAUAAGCCCAGAAAUCUUAGGUUUUCAGUCUGAAGAUUUCCAGCCUUCUGAAGAGCUCGUGGAUGACAUCUUGAAAGAGCCAAUCCCCCCAGAGAUGAGUGAACAAGCCUAUGAGGCCAUUGCUGAGGAGCUCAAAGUGGCACAGGAGCAACUGAGCACAUUGCAGACAAAGCUGGAUGAAGAGGAAAGCAAAAAUAUAAAACUCCAGCAGCAUGUUAACAAACUGGAGCAUCAUUCUGCUCAGAUACAGGAGCUUCUUUCAUCUGAAAGGAAUGAGUGGAGUAAAGAGCGCCAAGAGCUCCUUGAACAGACGAAAACACUUGAAAAGCAACUCCAGGACAGUCUAAGCAAGACUGAUAUAUUAAAAAGUGAAGUCUGUGACUUGCGCAUUGUCCUGCAGUCUGCAGACAAGGAGCUGUCUGCUGUAAAACAGGAGUAUAGUGCCUUCAGGGAAAAGCAAGAAAAAGAAUUGAGUCAGCUUUCUGGGAGGCACAUGGAUGUGCAGUUCCAGCUGGACAGUGUCAGGCUGGAACAUGAGAAGAUUCUUGAGGAAAAAGCCAGCCUGCAGGAUGACUAUGACAACCUGCAGGAAGUAGCAAAGUUUGAGACGGAUCAGCUGAAACAACAACUCGAGGACAGAAAACAAGAAGCAGAAGCAAUGAAAACUGAGCUUUGUAACCUUUUGAACCUCCUGAAAACAGAAAAAGAACACAAUGAAAAACUAACCUUGCAGUUGCAAGAAGACAAAGAAAACAAUUCAAAGGAACUCUUGAAAAUCCUUGAAAAAGCACAGGUGGAGAAACCAUCCUCUGAAAUGGUGACACAUUGUGAGCAGCAGGAAGCAAAACUGCAAAAACUGGCACAGGAGCUGGCUGCUGCUGAAGAGAUGAUUGCUUCUUUGAAGAAGACCAACGAUACAGAUAAGGAAGUUGUAACUGACUUGAUGAGACAGAUCCAGGAGCUGAGAUCUUCAGUUAAUCAUAAGACUGAGUCCAUAGAUGGGCUGACAAGAGAGCUGGAGGAUAUAAAUUACAAGUAUAAUCUUGCUCUGACUGCAAAAGAAGAAAGCAAAAGAAUCAUAGAGCAUCAAGAAAAGAAGAUUGAAGAACUGAGGGAAGCCUUGGAGAGGAGGCAAAUAUCUGAUAACAUUGAGAGAGACCUUCUGUGUGAAGACUUGCAUCAUACCACUGAGCAGUUGAUGAGACUGACAGAGGCCUCUAAGAAACAUGAUUCACUGCUUCAGUGUGCACAGGAAGACAUAACAAAGAAAGAGGCUGUAAUCCAGGAACUCAAGGAACAGCUGGACAAAAUGACAGAAGAAGUGGAGAAAAGGAAGAAUGAAUAUGAACUGAAAAUGAAGCAAAUAGAUUACUUUGUGGAUUCAUCUUCAGUGGCAUUUCCUCAGUGUCCAAAAACUCCCCCUAAUUUUGAUGUGAAUUUGGCCAAGCUGUUGGAAACUCAUGAGCAAGAGAUGGCUGAUCGGAGAGCUUCUGCCAUCAACCUGGAGCACCUGGUGCACGAGCUGAACGAGGAGCGCAGAGCUAAGAAUGAGGAGAUCCUCAGGCUGAAGGAACAAUUACAUGAGCUGGAGAACUUGCGCCUGGAAAUGCAGAUACUGGUGGAGAACAACAGGAAUUUACAGAGCCUUGUAGAAGCUCAGAGGCAAAGCAAGAACAGUGAUCAGAAACAUCCUGAUGUUCAGUACCUCAAGGAGAAGGAGGAAGAGAUUUGUGAGGAACGACUUGCCAAGAAAAAAGCAAUGGAGGAGAUGCUGAAAAUUAAAGCUGAAUUAGAAGAAACCAAAAAUACCCUCAGGAUCACAGAGAAUACUUGUCUUGAAAUGACUCUGGAGAUGGAACGAACAAGAGCUUUGGAGCUGAAAGCAUUUCAUGAGAAAGAAGAAAUCAGAUCAAAACUUGAGGAAACUUACGAAGAGAGAGACAGAAUUGGAAAGGAAAUGGACUUGCUGAGGAAGCAGGUUGCCACUCUUGCUGAGGAGAACGGGAAAUUGCUUGGUCAUCAAAACCUGAACCAGAAGAUUCAGUAUCUUGUGAAACUGAAGAAAGAUUACGCGAAGCUUGCUGAGGAGACUGAAAAGCUACGAGUUGAAAAUGCUUACUUGAAGGACUCCAAAAAAUAUGACCUAUUAUAUAGACAUCAAGAUCAGCUAUGA